UAGCCACUGCCUGCCGUGAUCCUGGAGUCCCCAUGAAUGGAACUAGAAAUGGGGAUGGAAGAGAACCUGGAGAUACUGUUAUUUUUCAAUGUGACCCUGGCUAUGAACUUCAAGGAGAUGAGAGAAUAACCUGCAUUCAGGUAGAAAAUCGGUACUUCUGGCAGCCCAACCCACCAGUCUGUAUAGCUCCCUGUGGAGGAAACCUGACUGGCUCUUCAGGUUUUAUACUUUCACCAAACUUCCCUCAUCCUUAUCCUCACAGCAGAGAUUGUGACUGGACUAUCACUGUAAAUAAUGAUUAUGUUAUAUCAUUAGCAUUUAUCAGCUUCAGUAUAGAACCAAAUUAUGAUUUUCUUUAUAUCUAUGAUGGGCCAGACAGUAAUAGCCCACUAAUUGGGAGCUUUCAAGAUAGUAAACUGCCAGAGAGGAUAGAAAGCAGUUCAAAUACUAUGCAUCUAGCUUUUCGGAGUGACGGAUCUGUUAGUUUUACUGGAUUCCACUUAGAGUACAAAGCAAAGCUUCGUGAGUCUUGCUUUGAUCCUGGAAAUAUAAUGAAUGGAACAAGACUUGGAAUGGAUUAUAAACUGGGUUCCACUGUCACAUAUUACUGUGAUGCAGGUUAUGUUCUUCAGGGAUAUUCUACACUAACAUGUAUCAUGGGAGAUGAUGGAAGACCUGGAUGGAACAGAGCCUUGCCCAGUUGUCAUGCACCCUGUGGAAGCCGGUCAACAGGCUCUGAAGGGACUGUAUUAUCACCAAACUACCCCAAGAAUUAUAGUGUUGGUCACAACUGUGUUUACUCUAUCACUGUUCCUAAGGAAUUUGUUGUUUUUGGCCAGUUUGUGUUUUUCCAGACAUCACUUCAUGAUGUUGUUGAAGUAUAUGAUGGCCCAACUCUACAGUCAUCUUUGUUAUCCUCUCUCUCAGGAUCUCAUUCAGUAGGUGAAUCCCUUCCACUGAGCUCAGGGAACCAGAUCACAGUUAGAUUUACUUCAGUUGGACCAAUAACAGCUAAAGGAUUUCAUUUUGUUUAUCAAGCUGUUCCAAGAACAAGUGCAACACAGUGUAGCUCUGUGCCUGAACCAAGAUUUGGAAAAAGGAUUGGAAAUGAAUUUGCAGUUGGUUCAUUGGUUCUUUUUGAGUGCAAUCCAGGCUAUAUCCUCCAUGGGUCAACGGCAAUUAGAUGUGAUACAGUACCAAAUGCAUUGGCACAAUGGAAUGAUUCACUCCCUACAUGUGUUGUGCCCUGUGGUGGUAUUUUAACAAAGCGCAAAGGGACCAUUUUGUCUCCUGGUUACCCUGAGCCUUAUGACAACAAUCUGAAUUGUGUGUGGAAGAUCACAGUACCAGAGGGAGCUGGGAUUCAAGUGCAAGUGGUGAGUUUUGCCACAGAACACAACUGGGAUUCCUUAGACUUUUAUGAUGGUGCUGACAACAAUGCUCCAAGGCUUGGAAGUUAUUCAGGAACAACCAUACCUCCACUUCUAAACAGCACAUCAAAUAAUCUGUACCUAAAUUUUCAGUCUGAUAUCAGUGUUUCAGCUGCUGGAUUUCACCUUGAGUAUACAGCUAUAGGUUUGGAUUCUUGUCCUGAACCUCAGACCCCAAGCAAUGGAAUCAAAAUUGGGGAUAGAUACAUGGUUGGAGAUGUGGUGUCCUUCCAAUGUGAUCAGGGUUAUUCUCUUCAGGGACAUUCACAUAUCACUUGUAUGCCUGGACCAGUAAGAAGAUGGAAUUAUCCAAUUCCAAUAUGUUUAGCACAAUGUGGUGGUAGCAUGUCAGAGUUCAGUGGAGUGAUCCUCAGCCCUGGGUUUCCUGGCAACUAUCCUAGUAGUUUGGAUUGCACAUGGACAAUAAAACUGCCUAUCGGGUUUGGUGUCCAUUUGCAAUUUUUGAAUUUCUCAACGGAGACCAUACAUGACUACUUAGAAGUUAGGAGUGGAUCUACAGAAACUAGCACUGUUAUUGGAAGACUAAGUGGCCCUCAGCUCCCAGCCUCUCUGUUCAGCACAACUCAUGAAACGAGCUUAUACUUUCACAGUGAUUACUCACAGAACAAACAAGGAUUUCACAUUGUAUAUCAAGCAUAUCAGCUGCAAAGCUGUCCUGAUCCUCGACCAUUUCGGAAUGGUUUUGUUAUUGGAAAUGACUUCACUGUGGGACAGACUAUUUCAUUUGAGUGUUUUCCUGGCUACACAUUAAUUGGAAAUUCAGCUCUGACUUGUCUUCAUGGAAUCAGCCGCAAUUGGAAUCAUCCUCUUCCCAGAUGUGAAGCUCUCUGUGGAGGAAAUAUAACUGCAAUGAAUGGCACCAUAUACUCUCCUGGAUACCCUGAUGAGUAUCCAAACUUUCAAGACUGCUUCUGGCUUGUAAGAGUACCACCUGGGAAUGGAAUCUACAUCAAUUUCACGGUUCUUCAAACUGAGCCAAUAUAUGAUUUCAUAACUGUCUGGGAUGGACCAGACCAAACUUCUCCCCAAAUUGGACAGUUUAGUGGCAACACUGCCCUAGAAUCAGUCUAUAGCACUUCCAAUCAGAUUCUGAUCAAGUUUCACAGUGACUUUACUACUAGUGGCUUCUUUGUUCUUAGUUAUCAUGCCUAUCAGCUCCGGGUCUGCCAGCCUCCACCAAAUAUACCAAAUGCAGAAAUUCUAACUGAGGAUGAUGAAUUCGAAAUAGGAGACAUAAUAAGAUACCAGUGUCAACCAGGCUUUACAUUGGUUGGUAAUGAGAUUCUGACAUGCCGACUGGGUGAAAGACUUCAGAUGGAUGGAGCACCACCUUCUUGUCAAGUGCUCUGCCCAGCCAAUGAAAUGCGUCUGGAUUCAACAGGAGUAAUACUGAGCCCUGGAUAUCCUGACAGCUACCCCAAUCUCCAGAUGUGUGCAUGGACCAUUACUGUGGAAAAAGGCUAUAAUAUCAGCAUGUUCUUUGAAUUCUUCCAGACAGAAAAGGAAUUUGAUAUACUUGAGGUGUUUGAUGGACCAAAUAGUCAUAGCCCAUUGCUCAUAUCUCUCAGUGGGGACUAUUCAUCUUCUCUAAAUAUAACCAGUAAUAGCCAUGAAGUAUUUCUCCGUUGGUCAGCAGAUCAUGGCACCAAUAAAAAAGGUUUCAGGAUAAGAUAUAUAGCUCUCUACUGUAGUACUCCAGAGUCCCCUCCACAUGGUUUCAUUGUCAGUCAGACAGGUGGACAGCUCAACAGUAUGGUUCGCUGGGCUUGCGAUCGAGGGUUUCGGCUCAUUGGGAAAAGUACUGCUGUAUGCAGGAAGUCUCCAUAUGGUUAUUACUCGUGGGAUGUUCCAGUCCCAGCUUGUCAAGCAAUAUCUUGUGGAAUUCCUAAAGCUCCAUUAAAUGGUGGGAUAUUAACUACAGAUUACUUAGUUGGCACCCGUGUUACUUAUUUUUGCAAUGAUGGAUAUAGGCUAUCAGCCAAAGAGCUUACUACUGCAGUCUGCCAGCCGGAUGGGACCUGGAGCAAUCACAAUAAAACACCUCGAUGUGUAGUUGUUACAUGUCCAAGCAUCAAUUCUUUUACACUGGAACAUGGAAGAUGGAGAAUAGUGAAUGGUUCACAUUAUGAGUAUAAAACAAAAGUAGUUUUCAGCUGUGAUCCAGGGUAUUAUGGUUUGGGACCAGCAUCUAUUGAGUGUCUUGCUAAUGGCACCUGGAGUUGGAGAAAUGAGAGGCCUUACUGCCAAAUUAUUUCCUGUGGAGAACUUCCUACACCUCCCAAUGGAAAUAAGAUUGGAACUCAAAUCACCUAUGGAUCUACAGCUAUAUUUACCUGUGACUCAGGAUACAUGCUAGUGGGGUCUGCAGUGAGGGAAUGUCUGUCAUCUGGACUCUGGAGAGGAAUUGAGACGAGAUGUUUAGCUGGUCACUGUGGUAUUCCAGAUCUUAUAGUCAAUGGACAAGUAAUUGGAGAAAAUUAUGGCUACAGAGACACAGUUGUAUACCAGUGCAGUCCUGGUUUUCGGCUGAUUGGUUCUUCUGUAAGAAUAUGUCAACAGGAUCACAACUGGUCUGGUCAGCUUCCAUCCUGUGUGCCUGUUAGCUGUGGCCACCCUGGUAGUCCUAUUUAUGGAAGAACAAGUGGAAAUGGUUUCAACUUCAAUGAUGUUGUGACAUUCUCAUGUAAUACUGGGUAUGUUAUGCAAGGACCAACCAAAGCACAGUGCCAAGCUAAUAGGCAGUGGAGUCAUCCACCUCCAAUAUGCAAAGUGGUCAAUUGUUCUGAUCCUGGAAUUCCUGCAAAUUCUAUAAGAGAAAGUAAAAUCGAACAUGGGAAUUUCACAUAUGGCACAGUGGUAUUUUAUGACUGUAAUCCUGGAUAUUUUUUAUUUGGCUCUUCAGUUUUAAUUUGUCAACCAAACGGCCACUGGGACAAACCUCUACCUGAAUGUAUUAUGAUUGACUGUGGACAUCCUGGAGUUCCUCCUAAUGCGGUCCUGUCUGGUGAUAAAUACACUUUUGGAUCUACUGUCCACUAUAGCUGCACAGGCAGACGAUCAUUGUUAGGGCAGUCAUCUCGGACAUGUCAGUUAAAUGGACACUGGAGUGGAUCUCUCCCUCAUUGCUCAGGUGAUACAGCUGGUUCUUGUGGUGAUCCAGGUAUCCCAGGUCACGGGUCUAGAGAAGAAAACAAUUUUAAAAUUAAAAGCACAAUACGUUUCAGCUGUGAUAUUGGGUAUAUCCUCCAUGGCUCAGAAGAAAGGACGUGUCUGGCAAAUGGAAGUUGGACAGGAAGACAACCUGAGUGCAAAGCUGUUCAGUGUGGUAAUCCAGGAACAACUGCUAAUGGAAAAGUACUUCGUAUUGAUGGAACUACAUUCUCUAAUUCAGUAAUAUAUUCAUGUGUGGAAGGAUACAUACUUUCUGGAUCAUCUGUAAGACAAUGCACUGCCAAUGGAACAUGGUCUGGAUCCUUGCCAAACUGCACAAUUAUCAGUUGUGGAGAUCCAGGAGUCCCAGCCAACGGCAUGAGAUAUGGUGAUGAUUAUGUUGUUGGACAAAAUGUUACUUAUAUGUGCCAACCUGGUUACACAAUGGAAGCAAAUAGUUCCUUAAUUCGCACUUGUACUAGCAAUGGCACAUGGAGUGGAAUAAUCCCAACAUGCAAAGCUGUUACCUGCCCAACUCCUCCGCAGAUCUCUAAUGGAAGGUUGGAAGGAACAAACUUGGACUGGGGAUUUAGCAUUAGCUACGUCUGCUCUCCAGGAUAUGAACUCUCUUUUCCUGCUGUUUUGACUUGUGUUGGGAAUGGAACAUGGAGUGGUGAAGUGCCUCAGUGUUUACCAAAGUUUUGUGGUGACCCUGGAGUACCAGCUCAAGGGAAAAGAGAAGGCAAAAGCUUCAUCUAUCAGUCAGAGGUCUCUUUCAGCUGCAAUCCUCCUUUUGUUUUGGUUGGCUCCAGCACUAGGAUUUGCCAAGCAGAUGGCACAUGGAGUGGGUCUUCUCCUCGAUGUAUAGAACCUACUCGCACAGCAUGUGAAAAUCCAGGAGUCCCAAGACAUGGGUCACAAAACAACACAUUUGGCUAUCAGGUGGGAAAUGUUGUUCAAUUUCAAUGCAAAAAAGGACACCUUCUCCAUGGUUCAACAACACGAACAUGCCUUCCUGAUCUUACAUGGAGUGGAAUCCAACCAGAAUGCAUACCUCACAGCUGUAAACAACCAGAAACACCAAGUCAUGCUAACGUUGCAGGAAUGGAUCUUCCCUCACUUGGUUAUACAUUGAUUUACACUUGUCAGCCAGGCUUUUUCCUGGCAGGAGGUUCGGAGCACAGAGCCUGUAGGUCUGAUGGCACAUGGACUGGGAAAGUUCCGGUUUGUGAAGCUGGUUCCAAAAUAUUAGUGAAGGACCCCAGACCAGCUUUGGGAACACCAAGUCCUAAACUAAGUGUUCCUGAUGAUGUAUUUGCCCAAAAUUAUAUAUGGAAAGGAUCUUACAAUUACAAAAGCAAGAAACAGCCCAUGACUCUGACAGUCACCAGUUUCAAUGCAACUUCAGGAAGAGUAAAUGCAACACUUACAAACAGCAAUAUGGAAUUGCUGCUAUCAGGAGUGUAUAAAAGCCAGGAAGCUCGGCUAAUGCUCCACAUAUAUCUCAUUAAAGCACCCUCCCAUACAUCUGCAAGCAAGUUGAAAGAGGAAAAAUGGGCUAUGGAUGGUUUUGUUUCUGCUGAACCUGAUGGAGCAACAUAUGUUUUUCAAGGAUUCAUCCAGGGUAAAGAUUAUGGACAAUUUGGACUUCAAAGAUUAGGUCUUAACAUGUCUGAGGGUUCAAGUUCUUCUAAUCAACCACAUGGUACAAAUAGUAGUUCAGUGGCCAUUGCUAUCCUUGUGCCUUUCUUUGCCCUUAUAUUUGCUGGUUUUGGCUUUUAUCUUUAUAAACAAAGGACUGCACCUAAAACACAGUAUACAGGAUGUUCUGUACAUGAAAAUAAUAAUGGACAAGCUGCUUUUGAAAACCCCAUGUAUGACACAAAUGCAAAGUCAGUGGAAGGGAAAGCGGUACGAUUUGACCCCAACUUGAACACUGUCUGCACAAUGGUAUAAUGUGGUAAUGAUUUGUCUUCAAAGUCUGGGAAUUGACACACAACACAGUGCACACACAGUUCACUGAUUAAAAAAAAAAAAAAAUUUAAAAAAAAUUAAAGCACACUUUUCAGGAUGUAGUGGGUCACCUUUUCCUGAGGACGAUAGGCAAGUAUGGGUUGUAGUUAUUUUGUUUUCAUUUCGUUUUUCAUAAACUGGAUCAGAAUUCUUCGUGUAUGCCAUGGAGAGUGUUAAAAAAAUUUGCUGCACUCCAUGAGUGCUACUCACAGUUUAUUUGCUUUUUUAAAAAAGGAGGUUAUUCUAAAACAUAAAACGUAUUUGCAUAUAUUGGAGGAGCAUCCACUAUCAGUAUUCUGUGCUUUAUAAAAACUAUAAUAGAGGGACUGGGUUAAAAAAAAAAAAAAAAGACAUAGGUAGAAAAUAAGAGCUAUACUUACAGAAGACAAUAGGUCACUGAUUUCUCUUUAACAGUCAUAUGCUCCAUCUUUCUCAUAAGUUGGUACCUUUUUUCCUUUUCCAACCUGUUUAGUAUUUUAUUUUUCACAGAACAGUUAAGUUUUUAGGUCCAGGAGGUAGUCUUUAGAAAUCAGCAACUAUAACUUUCUCUUUUCAUGCUACAGAAGAAAAAAUAGAAUUUCAUUUUCUUAUUUAAUGAAUUUCCUUCCCUGCUUCACAACUUGCUUCAUUUUCAUGUUUCAAGUCACGCCUGUUUUCUAUGUUUCCAUUAACAAUGCCCACAAAUGUUCAUGUUCAUAUAUUUCUUUUGUCAAUCAUCUGGACAAAUUUUACAAUGAAGAAGUUAAUAUGAACUGAGCUUUGUAUGUGACUAUCUUUGGUAAUGUUGAAGAACAUACAAGAGUGACCAUCUUACAUAUUUUUUCAAAAAUAAAAACAUAAUUUAAGGAUAUUUCCUAAUAAAAAGUGCAGUUUACAGUAACGCAAGUAAUGAAAUCCAUGUAUC